GAUAUAUAUAUAUAUAGAGGGCUACUCUAAUGAGAACUUUAAGUGGUGAGAACUAGAUACCAGGCUUAAAACAAAAAUAGAUACUGGGCUUAAAAUUAGAACAAGGCCCAAUAACAUAAACAUCCUGGACAUCUGGGCAUCGGCGGUUUUUAAAAAUUAAAAUCGCGUAACCAUACACCAUUACCCACUCAAACUCUCACUAGCAAAUCACCCCCAAAUCACAAAAAUCUCUCAACUACGCUGCUCAAUCGCCGUGUUUUGCUGUUGAACGCUCCUCAACGCUGCUCAAUUUGUUCUUAUUUCGUGCUUGGACGAAACUCGAGCACUAAAAAACCGGUUUCACUGAGUGAAGGGGAAGCAAGGUCUUUCGUGUGUAAUAUGCAUAUGGAAGGAUCCAGUAGAAGGCAAAGCAAAAGAUUAAAGAAAAAAAGCUUUCCAACAACAUCAUCUUCUGCUCCAUGCAAUAUCGAAACAAUGAGGAAUCCAUCAUUCAGUGAUGAUGACGACUUCGAAACACCAGUACCAAAAACAAAAUCAAAGCCCUAUACUACAAACCUCCGAACAGAGGACGGAGUGCGCAAAGAAAUAAGAUCAAAAUUUUCCGCAGACAAUCCAAAAUUAACUCCGAAAGCACUAUCUUUGAGGAAUGAAAAAGGAAAUAGACUUAAGAAAAGGGCAACGAAACUUAAAAGAACAAUCAUUCACAAGCGCGGUGUUCAGGGAAGUGAUGUGGAAGAGGAACGAGGACAGUUGCCAAAACAAGCAGAACAAAAGAAACAACUAAAGAAAAGAAAGGCAAAAGAGCCCAGUCAAAACGAGUUAGACAAUCAACGCAAGAAAAUCAAAGAAAAGAGACAACGACAAGAAAAGACAAAGGAAGCUGUUCAAAACAAUAAAGAGAGGCAACAUAAGAAACGGAAAUAUAAAGAGAACACUCCAGAAAAGGAAUCAGAUAAUUCUGAUGAUGAUGAGGAGGAGGAGGAAAAAGAGAAUGGAAGGAAAAAACAAAACAUAACAGAAGCAUUUAAACUAAGAAACUCUCCUGCAAAUCUUACAACCAUGAUUUCAGGACUUUCUGAAGAGCAAAAGGAGUGGAUCCGAAAAACUGGUUUUGGCCCCUUAUUAGACUUCACAUUAGAUAAAAUACCUAACAGACUAGCAUAUGAUGUGCUCAAAUCAUUUGAUCAGGUUACUCAGUCCUUAAAACUUCCAAAUGGAACACUCCAACUAACGGAAAAGGAUGUAUAUGAAACUUUGGGACUACCUGUUGGAACAAGAAGUUUUAGUUAUGCAACUACAGCAGCAAAGAAAAAUUUGUGGACGUCCCAAUUUCCAGAAUCAAAUCCAUACAAUGUGCGACCUCAACAAGUUAUUGAUAUAAUGAAAGGAAUGACGGCGGCAGAUGAGAUGUUCAAGCUAAAUUUCAUGGUUAUGUUGUCCAACAUGUUGCUUGAACGAAACAUAUCUUCUUACUUACUCAGGGAUAUACUGCACUAUGAAAUUGAUCUUGAAGAAUGCUUUCAAUAUAAUUGGGGAGAGAUGUUGAUCAACAGCCUUGUAAAGACCAUCAAUAAUUGGGAAGUGAACCGUUCAUUGUUCUUUACAGGACCAAUAAUUUUUCUCACUAUAUUCUAUGUCGAUCGUGUUACCAUCAAAGGUGCUGAAAAUGUAGAAAGACAGUUCCCAGCAUUCAAAGGAUGGACGAGACAAGCACUUAAGCAAAGGCAGGCAGCAGAAUUGAAGGCAAAAGUUUUUGGAAGAGGGGACAUAAUCAAACCUAGAUGGGUACAAAAUGAUAAAGAACAAGGGAAAAAUGUUGAAUCAACUGCAGAAAAAGAGGCCACUGUAUCAUCUCCAACAACAAGAGAACAAGAACAAGAAACACAACAUGAUUGGUUUGAUAGAUUAAGUAUUAAAGCGUCAAUGUUGGGGGACGCUAUUGAAGCAUACAAGAAAGAAUAUGAAUCGGCUAUAGCACUCAUGACUCCUGAUGAUCCUGAUAUAAUAGAAAUUCAGUUAGUAUUGAAUCAGUUGAUAAAGACAUUACCAAGCACAACACACGCGUCAAACAGUGAAGGUGCACCUGAAGAUGGAGGGAUGCAACCUCAAAACACCAGCAACAAAGGUGGAAAUGUGGAUGAUGUUGAUAACUUUGGUGAAAAAUUUGACUCUGAUGAUGUAAUAGAUCAGAACGUCAUAGACCAGGCAGAAAUUCUUGAGUAUCUAUAUUCUUCACAAGGAAGAAGGGACGCAGAAGCAUUGGAUGAUGAAUUUUUUAUUCCUAAAUUCUCGUUAGGUAUCCAUGACCAAGGUGAUCCAGUGUUGGAAGUAUGUAAAGAUAUAAACAAGGACCAUGGAGAUCAACCAAAUACUAAUGGGGACAGUCAUCCAAGUAUGUUUCAGACCCCAUUACCACAAGAUAAAAUGCCAAAGAGAAAAACCAAACUUGCAGCAAUUUAUCUAUCACCAUAUGUACAAAGAAAUGUCGACCUUAAUGCAAAAUACUCAACUGAAGAGUACUCGACAUGGAGAUGGAUAAUUCAACAAGGCAAAGACCCACUGGAGCAUGUUUUCAAAUGUGGUGUACAGUUUUGCAUUCGCGAGCACAUGAUGACUUUUAAAGCAAAGGAAAAGCUAUAUUACUCCUUGGUAGAUGUUUGGGCAACAUUGUUGAAUGACAGAGAAAAAUACAAAGCACCUGAAUCACCAUUGCGUAUAUUUUUUGACACUGCAUUCUCGAAUGUGCCGUUAAACAAUGAAAAAGAUGACAAGCAUCAGUAUAACUCUUUCAAAGGUUUGAUGCAACACUUCUUUGAAGUAAACCCUGACAAGAAAAUUGAAGAGUGCGACCUGAUCUUUUUCCCAGUUUUGGCUGAUGAACAUUAUUAUCUGCUAUGCUUCAAUGUCAAGAACAAGGCUUUCGAAGUUUUUGACAAUAUAAGAUUAGGGAAAUCUGCUGCCAAAAUAUAUGGAAAAGAUGUUCAGCUACUGAAGAAACAUUUUGUAACAUACUUGGAAGAAAAGCAACUAGUGCUUCUAGCUGAUAAAAUAAAACAGCUGAAGCCUACUUACCCAGCACUAAAGUGGCAAACUUUAAGGAAUUAUGAAGACUGUGGGAUAUUUCUUAUGAGACAUAUGGAGACUUAUAUGGGUGAACAGAAUACCUGGAAUACUGGAUUUAAAGCAGAGAAGAUGGGACAGAGAGCACAACUUGAAAGAUUAAGGGUGAAAUACUCAAAUGCAAUCCUUACAUCUCACUUGAAUGAAUACAGAGAGAUUGUAACAAAGCAGGCAAAAAGCUUCUACAAAAAGAUUGCAAACAAGACACUCAUGUCCAUUGUACUUGCAUCAAGUUCAAAGAAACCCAAGAACACAGAGAUUCAUGGGAAUGUGCUAUUUCCAGACAUUGAAACAGGACAAGAAGAAGCAUAAUGAAGUACAGGAAGCUAGAAAGUUUAAUGUAUAGAUUUCUAUUUGUCGUAAAAACAUACAUCACUUCUGUUAAAUACUUGAAUUUCAGUGGUUUUUAAGGAACUUCUUAAUUACUUGUUGUGCA